CAUAGAUGCGUGUCGAAAACACGGAAGAUCUAUGUUAAUAGAUCAUAAACAGACAACACCCCGCUGCAAUCUCUUUUUAAGACCUAUUUUAGGAAGUAGUAGCAAUACUUCAUCAGAUCUGGUGUAAUAGUUUUCUUUACCUUGACACAGACAGCUUGUGAAUGACCCGGGUGAUGGCUGCAGUGUUGUUAAUGCUUGUGUAGCCGAGCUGCUUCUGCCCCAUUGAAACACUGAAAACAAACUGCUGGAUAAGAUGCCUGCUCGUAACGUUGUGUCCAACGGGAUUCCUAACAGCAAAGUUAGGUACUCAAGACUAGCCUCUGAUGAUGACGGCUACAUUGACCUACAGUUCAAAAAGAGCCCACCCAAAGUCCCAUACAAAGCCAUAGCACUAGCCACAGUCCUCUUCUUAAUCGGCUCUCUGUUAAUCAUUAUUGGCGCCCUUCUUCUGGCUGGAUACUUUGAGGUCACUCACACAGACCGAACUGUGCCUGUCCUCAUCAUUGGGAUCCUUGUCUUCCUGCCUGGAAUUUACCACCUACGGAUAGCUUACUAUGCAUCAAAGGGCUACCCAGGGUACUCCUAUGAUGAUAUCCCAGACUUUGAUGACUGACCUGCACUGUAGCUUCAGAUGUGCUUACAUGCACUUAUAUACAGUAUUGCUUGUGCUGAACUUUAGGUAGUGAUACCUUUAAAGAAAAUGAGGUGCAAUUGUUGCUUUAAACAAUGAUACUAUUCUGAUAGAUUUUUAUGCCUUGGUAGCUAAUGCCUGCUGUUAUGAAGCCACAUCAGUAUCAGAUACUGUAUGAUUUGUAUAUUUGUUUUUAUUAGCUUGAUUAAUUAAUAAAACUAUGAUUUGAUGAGUCCUUUUAUAUGUAUGCUAUUUGUAUUACUUAGAUCACCUCUACUCUGAGAAAUAUUGGCAUCAUUUAACCAUCAUACUCAUAAUUCACAUGAUGGCCUAUGAUGAACAGAAACUACACAGACCCACUGUUACUGUCAAUAACUUUACACUGAGUAAUCUCAACCAAUGUGGCUACCUAUGUAUUGAAACAGGACUGUUAAUUCAAGAGAGUUUUUGAGACAGUUCACAAAAUAAUUUUCAUGCCAAAUAAAACUGAAAUUGUAUUCAGUGGGGUCUUAAAUUUGAGGUGAUCUACCCACAUGUUCAGUGGUAGAGAAAAUUCAUAAAAAACUGGUGGACAAGGAAUUGGUUUAGAGAAAAAUUCAGUUCAAUUUUUCAAUAUUACAGGUUGUACAGACUAGGCUGAGUGA